GACGGCCCCCAAAGUGCGGGUCAUAAGUCUGCCAAGCUACAUAGAAGAAUCAUGCAAAUGUUAGAUGAUUUUUGCCUUUACGCAAUCCCAGCAUUUCAUUCACAUGGUGGUUUGAUUGACUUGUGA